UUGGCCUCUUUGGUUGUGGGACCGACUCUUCGAGAUAGGAUAGUCGCCGAGCAACCGAAUGACCGUUUCCUAUGUCGGAUGAGAGAGUUGUCGGAAGCCGGUAGAAUUGGUGGAUUCGUAGUUGUAUCUGAUGGAGCCUUGGUCUUCGAGGGUAGACUUUGUGUCCCGAAGGUGUGGGAACUGCGAAGGGAGAUCUUGAGAGAGGCCCAUAGUGCCCCGUACACCAUCCAUCCUGGUAGCACGAAGAUGUAUCAGGACCUGAAGAAGUCUUUCUGGUGGCGAGGCAUGAAGAGGCAGGUAGCGAAGUUCGUGGAUGGGUGUCUGGUGUGUCAGCAAGUGAAGGCUGAGCGCCAGAAACCGAGAGGGUUGUUGCAGCCUCUUGAGGUUCCCCUGUGGAAGUGGGAGUGCAUCACCAUGGAUUACUUAGUGGAACUGCCAAAGUCGAGGAGCGGGUAUGAUUCGAUUUGGGUGAUAGUGGAUCACCUUACGAAGUCUGCCCAUUUUCUGCCAGUUCGGACGACCAUGAAGGCGAGUGAUUACGCCGAAUUAUUC